AUGUUUUUAAUUAUUUCUAUUUUUUUCUUAACUUUUGCAAAAGAUUCUCCUGAUCCUAAUGAUGCCUUUCUUAAUUAAUCAAUAGCAGUGGUUUUAGGAGGAUAAUAAAAGCAUUAUUAUGACAAUAACAUUGUUGUCCAUUCAUCAACUACAAACUAUGAAAAUAAAUAUUAGGAUGUUCCUUCUAAUUAUUUCGAUGAUGAUGAUGAAACAUCUGAUUUUGUAGAAUAGCUAUCUCCAUACGAUUAUAAUUAAGAAAUAGACUUGAAUGAUUUAAGAGUAUCUAGAAUAUAUUAAAACGUAAAUAAAAAGGAAAUAAUGCCUUUAAUAAUACCUGAAGGAAACAUGAGUAAUUAUGCAGUAAAAAAAUACUUAGGAGAUGGUACAUUUGCAUUUGUUUAAAGCGGAAUAAGGUUAACAGAUGGUAUAGGUGUGGUUUUGAAAUAAAUAAAAUCAAAAUACCUUUGGUGGGCUCGAAUGGAAGCACAUAUAAUCGAUUAAUUGAAUGAGGAAAAGAAUGUUUCAGUAGUGAGAUUGAUAGAUAUGUAUAUGAAUAAUACAAGUCCUGUUUUAGUGUUUUAGGAAUUAUAAAAUAGUAAGACAUUGGAUUAUCGUAUAUAUUCAUUAUAUCAUGAUUUGAAUUUGGAAGAGAUAAAGCGAUUUUAUUUAUAGUUAUUUUAUGGUUUAUAUGUAAGUCAUAAGAAAGGGAUAAUGCAUUUGGAUAUAAAGCCAUCGAAUAUAAUAGUAUCAGAUGAUGAAAUAUAAAUAAUAGAUUGGGGGGUGAGUGAUUUUUAUUAUCCAUUAAAAGAAUAUAGAACGAGAGUUGGUACUCGUCAUUAUCGUGCUCCAGAAUAAUUGAUUCAUUAUAAGAAUUAUGAUUAUGCAGUAGAUGUUUGGGCAUUGGGUUCAAUAUUAGCAUCAACGAUAUUUAAAAAGUAUCCAUUCUUUAAAGGAAAGAACAAUGACGAUUAAUUAUUAUAAGUGGUAAGAGUAUUGGGUUCUAAAGACUUUUUUAUGUUUUGUGAAAAGUACAAUAUAAAAAUAGGAUAAGAGUUAUAAAGAAGAUUAGAAGGAUAUGAAAGAAAGGCAUUAGAGAGUUAUAUUAAUGAAGAGAAUAGAGAAUUAGUUAGUCCAGAAGUAAUUGAUUUAUUAAACAAAAUAUUUGUUUAUGAUCAUAGAAUGAGAAUAUCAGCAGAAGAAAUAGUUUAACAUGAAUUUUUUAGAAGAUGAU